ACAUAAAUGUGAUUGACAAGUAAUACAUUUCAAUUGAUUAUUUCCAAAAUAAACUUUCCCAAGACUUUGAAUCUUAUUAGCGUUUGGUUUAAGUUAAAAGUUCAUAUUUUAUAAUUAAAUUAAACAAGUGUAAAAUACACGUACUAAUAUGGUUGAGGGAGAACCAGUUCAUCAAUCAGAUGAAUUACCCAAAGUUGAAAAUGAACAGGCAGUUGAAACUGAACCUACUGUACCAGAAAUAGAAGUUAGACAUCCAUUAGAAAAUACAUGGACACUUUGGCUCUAUGAAAACAGAAGUAAAAAUUGGGAAGAAAAUGUUCGUGAAGUGGCUAGUUUUGAUACUGUAGAAGACUUUUGGUGCUUAUUCAAUCAUAUAAAACCUCCAAGUCAACUUUCAUUAGGUUGUGAUUAUAACUAUUUUAAAAAUGGUAUCAAACCUAUGUGGGAAGAUAAAAGGAAUAGUAAUGGUGGACGUUGGUUAUUGCAGUUACCACUAGCAAAAAAUAGCCCACUUGUAGAUAAUUAUUGGAAAAAUAUAAUUAUGAGUUUAAUUGGUGAAAUAUAUGAACAUAGCUCUGAAAUUAACGGAGCUACAGUUAAUAUAAGAAACAAAGGAACUAAAAUAGCAGUAUGGACAAACAAUGCAGCAAAAGAUAAUGGAGAUAACAUUAUGGCUAUUGGAAGGAAAAUAAAAGAAGUUUUGGGUGCACAAAAUGAAAAGAUGGUUUAUGAGACUCACUCAGAUAACGCAAGUAAACAAGGAUCAUUCGCUAAACACGCAUUUGUACUUUAACCAAACAAGGUUAAAAGACCUAUAAAAAACUAAUUUGUGAUGCAUUAAGAGUGCAAAAUUAUUAUAAAAACAAUUGUGAGGCAUGUUAUCAGAGAAAAAAAACUUAUUUUUAUCUGUAUUCCAACAAUACUGUAAUGCAUUUAUGUGUAAUAAUAAAUUCUGGUUUCCCGCA